AUGAUGAAGGGCAACAAGCAGGAAAACUUACUUCAAAGUGAAUUUUCACUAGCAGUUGGGGUUCAAGCGUUGAGUAGUGUGGCGUCUGUCGGAGGUGAAUUCCGAGGAUUCGUCUAUCAUGGGGCCUUUGUUGGCGUAGACGAGACAGAGGAUGGACGUUCGAUGAUCGUUGCCAAACCAGAAGAAGACCCUCGAAAAUUUACUGAGGAGAGCCCGGUGUCCUCCAGUCAAAUGGCUGGUGCGCUGAAGUCUCCGACGAUCGGGUAUUUUGAGUAG